GAGCAGUGGCAGUAACAAAAAGCUUUCAUCAUUAAAUCACUGAAUGAAAAGUGAAAGUACUGCGCUGGUUGUAGGCUACAGAGCUUGCGAGUAAAAAGAAAGAUGUCUGAGAUGAGUUUUACCCAGGACAGUUUAAAAACAAAACUCGGCCAGUUGGAGUGUCACUUCACAUGGGAACUUAAAAAAGAAGAUCUAGACUUAAAUAAUCUUCUUAAUAGGCUAGAGGAACAGGUUGAGCUGGACCUAGGGAGGGAGCAAGGAGUUGCACGAACUCACAACUCUUUAGGAUUUGUGAAAUUCCUUUGUGGGCUGAAAGAAGAGGCCCUGAGCCACCUGUUGAGAUCUGAGGUACUCAUUAAUGAAAGCCUCAAGGACAACUGUGACAAGACUCUCAUUGUCACCUAUGGAAACUUCGCCUGGUUAAACUACCACAUGGAGAACUAUACAGAGUGUGAAAGUUACCUGCAGAGACUUCAGAAGAUAAAUGAAAAAUUCCAUACUGAGUCUUCAUCUGUUCCAGAGGUGCUUGGAGAGAAGGGAUGGACCUUUCUUAAAUUCUCUCGCAAAUAUUAUGACAGAGCAAAAGAAGUUUUCGUGAAGGCUCUAGAGCUGGAACCAGGCCAUGGCGAGUGGAAUGCUGGUUAUGCCAUCGCUCUGUAUCGCACUGAAACUGAGUCAUCUUGUAAAGUGGAUUCACCAGCAAUCAAGCAGCUGAGACAGGCCAUUGACAUAACUCCAGAUAAUGAUGUCCUCAGAGUACUUCUGGGACUGAAAUUACUGUUAUGUUCCAAGACAUUGAUGAAAGAGUCUGAGAAAUUGGUGGAGGAGGCUUUGAAUGGGUCUCCAGAAAAUCCACAUGUCAUGAGAUAUGUUGGUAUAUUCUUCAGGGAUCAAGGGUCUAUAGACAGAUCAGUUGCACUGCUGAAGAAAGGACUUGAAAGCUCACCCAAUUCAUGCUUUAUACACCAUCAGUUAGCACUGUGCUACAAGAACAAGAAAUUGAAUUUACAGAGAGAACGACGUGACACUGAGGUUGUAGAUGAGGCUCGUGAUAAAAUCAUCUACCAUAUGGAAAAAGCAACCUCACUAAAAGCUUCAUUUAUUAUUGCAAUGAGUGAGCUGGCACUUCAAUAUGCAGAGAGAGGCGAUCUGUACAUAGCAGAGGAACUUUUUGAGAAAACAUUUAAGACAGCUACAGAGAUAAAGGACCAUCUGCAUGUAGUCCACUUCCACUAUGCUCAGUACCAGCAGUAUAGUACCAGACAAGAGGAUUUAGCAAUCCAGCACUACAAGGAGAGUUUGGCAAUAGGUCCUCAUACUGGUGAGGGGACUAGAAGUGCUCAGAAACUGAUGAAGAUUGCCCAAAGACGUAUAAAGAAUGACCCAAAUGAUUGGAAGGCCAAUGAGAUAGUGGGAUUAAUUUACCAAGUAAAGGGUGAGAUGUGGCGGGACAACAAGUGUCAUGCAAAUGCUUCAAGCAAUGAGGAGGAUGAUGAACACCUCAAAAAUCUUGAUGAGCUUAUAAUGUAUUUUCAGUAAACCGUAAUCUUAUACAAGGGUACAAAAUUAUUUAGUGUGAAAAAAAAUAUUUAUAAC